AUGGAAAGUUAUGUUAAUAAUUUUGAUAAAAUAAACAAUUAUGAUGAAAUAAAAAAUAUGAACAUAUCUGAAAACAAUGAAUUUUGUAAAAAAGAUAUUAAAUAUGAAACACAAAUCCCAAAUAAUGGAUGUGUUAUGGAAUUUAGUGAAGAGAAAAAAUUAAAUGAUAUAAAUGAAAACGAGAUAAAUUUAACUAAUAAAUUUUUACCUAAUUGCAAUAAUAGUGAAAUGAAAGUAGAUAAUUAUAAUGAUGGAAAUUAUCAAAUCGAUGAAAUAAAUGAAGUAUCAAAUGAUAUUAUAAAUAGUGUUAAUGAAGUAGUGUAUGAUUUUAAUAGUGAUAGUACAUAUGGAACACAUGAAAAAAGUAGAGAAAGAGAAAGACAUAUGAAAAGUAAGCAUAGGCACAUAAGUAAAGAUAGGAAAAGAAGUAGAAGAAGAGAUAGAAAUAGGAAUAGAAGUAGAGAAAGAAGUAGAGACAGAAGCAGAUAUAAAAGUAGGAAUAGAAGUAGAGACAGAAGCAGAUAUAAAAGUAGGAAUAGAAGUAGAGACAGAAGUAGACAUAAAAGUAGGAAUAGAAGCAGAGAUAAAAAAAGAGAUAAAUAUAGAAGUAGGAGUAAAGGGCGAAGUAGAGAUAGACAUAGGUAUAGAAAAAGGGAUAGAGAAAGAAGCAUAGAUAGACAUAGGUAUAAGCAUAAAGACAAAAGUGUAGAUAAACAUAGAAAAAGAAGCUUAGAUAGAUAUAAUGAUAAACAUAAGAGUAGAAGAAGAAUUUCAAAUAAUAGGUAUGAAAAAAAUAGUAAAAAUAGAGAUAGUAUUAGUUAUAGUGAUGACAAAAGUGACGAAAAAGGAAAAAAUAAUAAUAGAUUUUAUAGCAAUGAAAGAGAGAAUGAUAUAAAAAGAAGUAUAAAUAAUAAUUUAAUUGAUAAAGUAAAUAAUGAAAAUAGAGAUUAUGAUGAUUUAAAUAAUAAUAAAGUUAAUGCAAAAUUAAAUGAAGUAAAUAAUAAUUAUAGAGAACAAAUAGAAAUAAAUAAUUCUGAAAAAAAACUAAUUACAAACGACAUUAAUUCAAGUAAUAAUAUUAUAAAUAAUAAUUAUAAUCAAAAUGCACACGAUUCAAACUCAAAAGAAAAAAACACAAAAUUAUGUAUAGAUGAAGAAAAAAAUUAUAAUGCUUUAUCAAGUGAAAAUGAAAAAGAAGAUAUGUCUGAGAAUGAUAUGAUUAAAAAAAUUAUAGGGAUUAGCCAAUUUGACACAACUGAAAAUAAAUGUCAUAAUCAAACUGAUUUAUCAGGAAUAAAUAGAAGGACAAAAAGAAAAUAUCGACAAUAUAUGAACAGGAGGGGGGGAUUUAAUAGACCUCUAUCACCCUCGUUCUAG